CUUAUACGCGUCUAAGUCCUUCACAAUGACCCCACUCUCACAUCUUUCCAAUGUUUGAAACACUGCUGGGUUAGAAAAUGAAAGAGUCUCCCGGCGAUAUAUAUAUAUAUAUAUACCUGCAAACAUUGUUGUUGAUUCGCAACACACAUAUCGUCUUCUUUAUAUUUCAUUGAUGUAUCUUUUGCUUUGCUUUUACUUUCAACAACUAUUCCUCUUGAUCUUCCUCUUCACACUAAAUCGCAAUUCUCUGGCAAACAAGUUUGCAACUCUAAUGGAAACAAUUACAUGGCUUCCAUUAAUGUUUCUGAUUCUGUGCUCUGUGAGAGGAGAAUUUCUUCCCAACACUGAUGCUCACUUGAUGAAUUGCAUGGAGUCGGACCAAGAAGCUCUCAUUGACUUCAAGAAUGGCCUUCAUGAUCCUGCAAACAGGCUUUCUUCAUGGAAGGGAAGCAACUGUUGUCAUUGGCGUGGAAUAAGCUGUGAAAACACUACUGGAGCCGUUAUUGCAGUUGAUCUUCGGAAUCCACGUCCAACUGGGUACGAUGAUGAAUCCCUCGCAAGGUACGGAUUCUGGAACCUCAGUGGGGAAAUUAAACCUUCAUUGACGAAACUCAAGUCCUUGAGGCAUUUGGACUUGAGUUUUAACACGUUCAAUGACAACCCAAUUCCUGAUUUUUUUGGAUCUUUGAAAAACUUGCAAUAUCUGAACCUCUCACAUGCUGGGUUUAGUGGUGCAAUUCCGGUAAAUUUAGGGAACCUUUCUAGCUUGCAGUAUCUUGAUGUUUCUAGUGAUGAGAUUUGGGGUGAGUCAAGUUUAUUUGUUGAUAAUCUUGAAUGGUUAACAGGUCUUGUUUCUCUAAAGCAUCUUGUGAUUAAUGAAGUUAAUCUUUCAAUGGUAGGAUCAGACUGGAUUAGGCAACUAAAUAAGCUCCCAUCCUUAACCGAGUUGCAUCUACAGAAUUGUAGAUUAUCUGGAUCCAUUUCACCUCCUACCCUUUUAAAUUUAACUUCACUUGUUGUCCUAGAUCUUAGUUAUAACCAAUUCGAUCCAAAAGCCCUCGAUUGGCUUGUCAAUAUUAGCAGCCUUGUUACUUUGGAUAUAAGCAAUAGUGGGUUGGGUGGAAGAAUUCCACUUGGUUUAAGUGAACUACCAAAUUUGGAGUUUUUAUAUCUGGGAUACAAUGGUCUUUCAGCAAGUUGUGAUCAGUUGUUGGGGGGACGAUGGGAGAAGAUACAAGUUCUUGAUUUGAAAGAGAAUAAUCUACAUGGGAAACUUCCUGCCUCCAUUGGAAACCUGACAUUUCUCAGUCACUUAGAUCUUUCUUCCAAUAGUGUUGACGGUGGGAUUCCAAGCUCUAUUGGAAAACUUUGCAAUUUGAUUUCCUUAGGUAUGUUCAAUAAUUACAUCAAUGAAACUUUACCAAAAUUCCUUGAAGGAACAGAAAUUUGCCUUUCUAGGAGGCCAUUUCCUAUUCUGCAGUCCUUCGUUUUGUCAGAUAAUUACUUGGUUGGUAAUUUACCGGAAUGGUUGGGUCACCUUGAGAAUCUUGUUGAGCUUGAUUUGUCCUCCAACUAUCUAAAUGGUCAAAUCCCAGAUUCUUUCGGAUCACUCCAAAAUUUUUCUGGGAGGCCACUUCCUCGUCUGCAAUCCUUGGACUUGUCAGACAAUCACUUGGUUGGUAAUUUACCAGAAUGGUUGGGUCAACUUGAGAAUCUUGUAGAGCUUCAUUUGUCCUAUAACUCUCUCAAUGGUAGUAUCCCAGCUUCUUUCGGAUCACUCCAAAAUCUUUCUAGGGGGCCACUCCCAAAUCUGCAAUUAUUGUACCUGUCAGACAAUCAAUUGGUUGGUAAAUUACCAGAGUGGCUAGCUCAGCUCGAGAAUCUUCUUGAGCUUGAUUUGUCCAAUAACUCUCUAUAUGGUCCCAUCCCAACUUCUUUUGGAAUAUUACAGCAAAAUCUUACUGUUCUGCGUCUAGGAGAGAAUGAGCUAAAUGGGACCCUCCCAGAAAGUUUGGGACAGCUUUCUGAGUUGCGUAUCUUUGAUGUUUCAUCCAAUCAAUUGACAGGUAUAGUUACUGAAGCACAUUUUUUAAAGCUAAAAAAGCUAUCGGACUUAGAUCUGUCUUCAAACUCUUUCACCUUGGAUGUCAAAUCCGAUUGGGUUCCUCCAUUCCAGGUUUCUUCUCUUGCAAUGAGCUCCUGCCAUUUGGGCCCUUCAUUUCCGACUUGGCUCAAGUCACAAAAGCAGGUCGACUAUUUGGCUUUCUCAAAUGCUGGCAUUUCUGGCUCCAUACCUUACUGGUUUUGGGAAUUUUCUUAUUCAUUAUCACAUAUGAAUCUUUCUUUUAAUCAACUAGCAGGUCAACUACCAAGUCCACUAGAGUUUGGUUCACAACCCCGUCUAUCGGCGUACCUAUUUGGUGUAGUAGUUGAUUUGAGCUCAAAUAACUUCAGUGGGUCCGUUCCUAUUCCAAGUGGCAGCUUUUACUUACUCGAUCUAUCCAGUAAUAAACUUUCUGGUAAUAUUCCAAAUAAAUGGAAUCUUACCGUUGGUACCUUUGCUUUCCUUUCCAUUGCUAACAACCAGUUAAAUGGAGAAAUUCCUGCUUGGAUAGGUAACAUUGUUCCUGGAGCUGAAGUCAUUGAUCUUUCCAAUAACAGCUUAAUAGGAAGUAUUCCAUCAAGCAUUGUAAAUUGUUCUGAUCUCUCUGUACUAGACAUCAGUAAUAACCAUUUGUCUGGAACCAUUCCUACCUUCUUGGGUCAAUUAAGCGGCCUUAAAACAUUGCACCUAAAUGAUAACAAGCUCUAUGGACAGCUCCCAUCAUCUUUCCAAAACUUAUCCGGUUUGGAGACCCUAAAUCUUGGGAACAACAAAUUAUAUGGUAGAAUUCCACCAUGGAUUGGGAAUGGAUUUGAAAGUCUAAGAAUUCUUAGCUUGAGGUCUAAUUCAUUUUCAGGAGAACUUCCAGCUCUGUUAUCAAAUUUAAGUUCACUACAAGUCCUGGACUUAGCAGAAAAUCAGUUGACAGGCAGUAUUCCAGCUAGCUUUGGAAAUUUCAAAGCCAUGUUACAAGCCCAAAUCAUUAACCGUUAUCUAUUGUAUGGGGCUGCCCCUAUUUACCAAAAUGCCGUAACUAGGAAACAUCCUGAUAGCUACGUAGGUACUAUGGAGUUUGGCAACUACUAUGAAAGCUUCAUUGUAAAUAUGAAAGGCCAACUUCUAAGAUACACCAAGACCCUCUCUCUUGUAACCAUGCUAGACCUCUCAGGGAAUAACUUGAGUGGAGCUCUUCCUAUCGAGAUGACAAAUUUGUUGGGUUUGAUCGUUCUCAACUUGUCAAGAAACCAUUUCACUGGCCACAUUCCCGAAAGCAUUUCCAAGCUGAAGCAAUUGUCUUCUCUUGACCUCUCGAGUAAUAAGUUCUCCGGUGCUAUUCCUCAAAGCUUGGGGUCACUCUCAUUCCUGGGGUAUCUGAAUCUGUCAAACAAUGAAUUGUCUGGUCCUAUUCCUGAUAAAGAUCAGAUGCUCACAUUCAAUGCAUCCUCUUUUGCUGGAAAUAUUGGCCUUUGUGGUGGUCCACUUGCUGUGAAAUGUUCAGGUGAUGAUAACAAUGGGAAACUAGAUAAGGGACGGACAACUCUCAGGGAUGCUGGUAAUGGUGACGGCUUUAUUGAUAAGUGGUUUUACUUGAGCAUUGGAUUGGGAUUUGCAGCUGGAAUUCUUGUUCCGUAUUUGAUAAUGGCGAUGAGAAAAUCUUGGAGCAUAGCCUACUUUGAUGUUGUUGAUAAAGCUGUAGAUAGAAUACUACAUCUGUGGUUGAAAUAUAGAACCACAAAGCAGAGGACUAGAGGGCAUCAGCGAAGAAGAUAAAGAUUGGGGAAGGUGAGAAGCUUCACCAAAUAUUCAAGGAGAAAGCAAAGAGGUUUUCAAUGUCAACUUUAUUUCUUUGGAAGUGAAUUUCAGGGACACUGUUGAAAGCGUGAAGGAGAAGGGUUUCCUCAUAGAUUAUAUAAUUACAAAUAGUAAAUUUCUUUUUUCUGUUUCACUAUCCCAACUUUCUGUAAUUUGUAAUGGUUUUAAAAGCUAAUCAAUACUGUAGUAAAUGUCAAUUUUCUACUAGUUUUCAGCCUCAUAAAAUUUGUGAAAA